AUGGAUAGAUGGAAAGAGUACUUCCAAGAACUAUUGAAUAGACACGAACGGCAGGAAAAAAGUCAACAAGAAAGGAUACAGGCUAACAUAGACGAAGGAGAUUUGGGUAUCGAGAUAAGUAUAGAAGAAGUAGUAGACAUAGUGAAAAGUUUGAAGUAUGGAAAAGCGCCAGGACACGACAAAAUAACAACUGAAAUGAUUAAGCGACUAGGGAACAACGGCAUGGAAAUGCUAUGUCAAUUACUCAAUAAGGCUUGGCACAGUGGUGAAGUUCCAGAAGACUGGAAAGUAGGUAUAAUCAUUCCGAUACAUAAAAAUGGGGAUUCAAAAGAUUGUAAAAUCUACAGAGGAGUAACACAGCUAAGUACGGCUGCAAAAAUUUACGAAAGUAUAUUAGAAAGAAAACUGAAACAGGCAAUAGAGUAUCAGCUGGAAGAAUCGCAAAGUGGAUUUCGGAAGGGAAGGUGCAUCCAGGAUCACAUAUUUACAAUUAAACAAAUCACAGAAAAAGCUCUAAUACAACAGAAGGUCGUGUAUUUGGCAUUUGUAGAUCUCGAGAAGGCAUUCGACAGCGUAUCGCAAUCUCUUGUUUGGGAAAGUCUAGGAAGAAGAGGAAUAAAUGGAAAACUCUUAAGAGGAAUCAUAAGAAGAACAAAUAUUACAAUGGAUAUAACAAUUGAUGAAGAAAGAAUAGAACAAGUUGACAAAUACAAAUAUCUGGGAGUCCUAAUUCAACGAGAGGGGAAUAUGGAAGAAGAAGUUAAUGAAAGACUGAGUAAUGCAGCAAAAUUAUAUCACACCUUGAGCAAGACAUUUUUAACAAAACGAGAGAUCACAAACACGACAAAGAUGGCGGUGUAUAAAACGGUUUAUAGACCGAUUCUUCUUGGAGAAGAAACAUGGAAUCUCACGAAUUCUUCAAAAAGUAAAAUUCAAGCCAUGGAAAUGAAAUUCCUUAGGAGGAUAUUAGGCCUUACACGAAGAGAUAGGGUCAGAAACGAAAUUGUGAGAGCGGAACUCGGAGUGGAACCAAUCAUACAGAGGGUGGAGAACCAACAGCUGCGGUGGUUUGGGCAUUUAAACAGAAUGCAGGACAACAUGCCUGUAAAACAAGUUUGGGAAUCACGGUCACAAUCUAGGUAG